GGAUGAUGUUCCUAUUAGCUGGGGGAUUUCAAAUAGGAAAAAGCAAGUCUAAAAAGUUUGGAUUUGGGAGGGAUUGCUUAACUGGUUUCAAGCCGGAGAAAGGUGAAUGUGCUGAAUGUGAGACGGGAUUUACAGGCCUGUCAUGCGAGAUAAAGUGUCCAUAUCCGUCCUAUGGGAUACAAUGCAGGCAACUUUGUAACUGUUCUGAAAUUUUCUGUAACUUCAGUUAUGGCUGCAAUGAUACAUUGGGAGAGUAUUCGACAUCACCUCAGAAUUAUUCUGCAGUACAACACAACGUCAAAACAUCUGCAAAUAUCUCUCUGGAGAAUGCAAAUGCACGGGACAAAUUAGAAAUUGAAAUAGGUGACAACGGUACUGAAACAAGUUGGGGUUUGUUGUGUGCCUUAGGACUUGUGGGAUUCUUUUUCUUGUUUUUCUUAACACUGAACAUUUUAUUUAGAACUUCACACGGAGUUAAGCUUUGUAGUUCUGUUAUAAAUAUGUAACAAUUCUUAACAAAAUCAUUAUC